AUGUUUUAUAAGGUCUGGAGUGGCUUUACAAAAUACAUAAGAUCAGCAGUAUAAUCAUUGAAGAAACCAUUAGAGAUUCAAGAUUUUGCAAUUUUUCAGCCAGUCAUUGAUCAAUUACAUAGACGAUCAUUGAGUGAUGGCCUUGCAUUGAAAAAUGAUUUUUCUGUGGGGCUCAAUAAAAACCUUACAAGGACUAAUGGAAUCAGAAAUAAUCAUAGAUCUGUAAAUUAGAGCAUUGGAGCACCCUAAAUUUAGAUUAAAUGCCACAUUAAUUCUUAGUUUAUUGCAAAUAGCGGUGAUGUAAUCUAGUUACCUAAUGCUGAUAAUCCUAAUCUCACUAUUUUCGACAGUCAAGAGCCGAAUUACAGAAUGAGUUACAAAGGUUUACAAUAAAUCAAUUUUUAGGCAUUAGCCAAAGUAUGUGAAACAGAUUCUCAAACAGUAGAACUUAUUCUUUCAGAAAUAUUCAAAGCAAUAGCUGAUUAUGAUAACAUGUCGAUGAUAGGUUCCAUGUAUAGAAAAGAUUUAUCAGUGAGAACCCCAUCAAUAUUUAGCGAGACGAUGUCAUUUUCUCAUAGAUCUUCUGAUGCUGAAAGUUUUCAUAUAUCAAAUCCUAAUCCCCAGAAAGGGAAAUAAAAAUUUCUUGGAGUUCGAGAGAAAGGCUAUAACUCUAUAAAUAUUUCACCUGAGCAGAUGUCUACAACAACCUCUACUUUUUCUCCUUAAGUUGAUUUUAAGUUUGGUAAAAGAGUAUAUGUAGAUAACAAAAUGAGCAAUAAAGAUGUGCUCGAGAUACAUUUAUAACAGAUGAGAGACAAGAGUGAUACAAAGAAAUUUUAAAAAGAUAACAAGCUCAAAGAGGAUAAUGACUUUAUCAAUUUCGUGCAAGGCUAACUUCGAAGAGAUAGAGAAAAGUGGUUAAGAGCUCAAGAAUAAAUGAAAUAAGAUUUUGUUGAUUUUAAUGGCCAAAAGAAAGUUGCUAAAUAGCAUCAAAUUUAGACUUAGUAAUCAGAAAAGAAAUAUGAGCAAUUCAAUUACUUCCCCUUCACAUACGGAGAAUAAAUAGAAAAAUAUAGAGAGAACUUAAGACAUCAAUAGAGAAACGAUCUUUAAGAAUAUAUGGAUAACAUAAAAAAAUAAUCAAGUACUUCUUCAAACUUCAAUUUAACUGCCAGAAAAUCUUACAAUAGAUCUAAUAAUGAAAGCGUAAAUAACCCAGAAAUGAGUCCAAGUCAGGUAACCAACGGUUUGAACAAUUCAUACAACUUUAAUUAGCAGAAGAUGCUAAAUUGCCUUCAGAACACAGGAACUAAGUUGGUCGUCUAAUCUUUGUUAGAUACAACAAGUCCAUUUAAAAAUCCAAGAAAUAAACUUUUAAUUUACGAUGAUCAUCCAUAGAAAGAAGCAGCUAUGAAACAAGCAAGGGAGAGACAUGAAGAGUAUCUCCAAACUUAGAGAGAUAACAAAGCUUAGGAACAAAGGAUGAUGCAAGAAUAGGCUGACAUGCUCAAGAGGAUUAUGGAUCAAAAGUCUAUACAGACUUAAAGAAGGUAGGAAGAGAUGAAGGACUACCUAAAACAAUAGAUGAGAAUCAAAUCAAGAGAGAACUACGCCACUCAUUUUGGUCCAGAAGAAAGAUAAGAGGAUGUAAUGAAGAUGGAAAACUAGAAAGGCUAUCAGAAAAACUUCCUUAAAGAGCAGCUGUAGAAAUAAAUUAUGGAAAAGCAAGAGAUUUAGAAAAACCACAAUAACUUCCAUUCUCAAUUUGAUUAGUUGUUAAUAGAGUCAAACCAGAUUAAAAUUAAUGAAGAGAAAAAAAGAAAGAAGGAAAAAAUGCUAGAGCAUAGGAGCAAUUUAAGAGAAACUUGGGACACUCAAUUGAAAUACGCUCAAGAGCAGAAACAAAAGCAAAUGGGAGGGUUUAUGACUUGCCUUGAACAAAGCAGAAAGGAUUGCUUGGAUAAUGAUCAAGAAGAUAUCAUAAAGUAAAAGUUAGCUACUGAUUCAGAUAAAAUAUUGAAUAAAUACAUUGAGGAAUAAAUGACAACUUAAGAGGCUGUAGUAUUUGUAGAGCCUGAUGAUCCUCUCGAAGAAAAUUACUUCAGUGUGCCUUUAAAAAUGUACAAAGAUAAAGACGAGGAAGUUCCAAUGGACUUCAAGAAUAAAUAUGAAACAUUCAAUCAUCUUGACAAAUAAACAAUAAUUGAAAUUAUUGAGAAAAUGAAGACACCUGAGCCAAAUAAUAAAUGGGAUAUAAAGCUAGAUGAACCAAAGAUUAAAGUAUAUGGGAAGAUGAAAGGCAGCGAUUUUAGCAGAGAAAUGCCCAUCUUCUAUGUAGAUUUUUAUUUUGAUGUUGGUGCUGAUAUUCAAAGUAUAACUACAGCAAUUCAUAACCCGAUUGAGAGAGUAAAGUGGGAUAAGGAUAUUGAGAAGGCAUAUGUUAUUGAUGUAGUACACAAUGAGAAGAUUCUUCUAUGGUACCAGAGAAAUAAAUCUUAAAUUAGCAUCAUCAGUUAAAGAGACUUUGCAGAGAAAAAAAUAAUUUUUGAACAUGAAAACAAGACAUAUAUUUAUUUCACUUCAGUUGAUGACAAAAUUAAACCAAUUGAAGAUAAGAUUGUCAGAGCUUAUACAAUCGUUGGCAUUCAUGUAAUAGAAUUGUUGGAAGAUGGUAGAAUCAGGCUUGAAUGCUUAAUGCAGACUGAUUUUAAUUUGACUGGUUACUUUGCUAAGCUAGGACUUACUGCUGCUCUUAGUUAAUUACCAAAUUCACUUAAAGCUUGGUUUACAAAUCUCGAAAAAUGGGUCAAGAAAAUGGAAAAGUAAUAGCCAAACAAUUUUGAGUGGCAAACUACAAUACAAUAAUGA